AUCCCAAGUCAUUGGUGUUUAGAAUUUUUGAGGACAGAUUUAGACACACCACAAAAAACCUGUAUAUAGCUCUCCCCGUCUUUUUGCAGAGCACUGUAUACGCAGAGAUUUAUGAAGCCCUACAAAAAGGCAAGCGCCACUCCCCCGUUUUCCGAGCGAGAGUAUUACGCGCGUCGUCCGGCGGCUAGCUCCUCAGAAUACGAAAACUACAGCACCGAAACUCUGCAGCGAGAAAAUCGCUAUGGCUGUGGAACCAGCAGCUUCGUUCUACCUCGCAGUCCUGCUACUGUUGUGGGGUGGCGCGGUGCUCGCAGAGUUCGAGAUUGUGGAAGGACCGGGCGAAAACUCGACGCUCUUCUGCGACCGGCAAUGGAUCGCAUGGCGGAACAACACCAGGCCUUUGUACGACCUCUUUUUCUACAAUUACCCCUGUCAGUUUGAAAUCAACGGCAGCCUCGUCAAUGAAACGUGCAACGGAGCCGCAAUAAAAGUUUUGGAAGGUUCCAUGCCCAUAAUAGAAGUUGGCUACUUCGAGGAAGGAGAGAACGGGACAUUGGGACGGCCUGUUAUCUGCUUCACUCCUCCGGCAAUGACAGAAGUACCAGACAGCACUCCACGUGUGGUGGUUAUCUACGUAACUUCAUCCCUGGCCAUUAUUGCAAGCCUGAUAGCACUAGUAACUCAUAUCCUUCUCCCUCGGAUGAGAACCCUGCCUGGAUUGGUCAUAAUGAAUCUUUUCCUCUCGUUCCUCCUCGGGGAUAUCUUGCUGCAAGUAAGAAUUGGGUUGGAGUACAACGGACACUACUAUACAAUCAACUAUGUGCUGCAACAGGGGUUCCUGGUGUCGAGAUUUGUCUGGAUGAGCAUUACUGGUUUCGAAAUGUGUCGCUCGCUCUACAAAGGGAUCCGCAUGCAAAUCAACUCGCACAAUUACCACAAGUGGAUGAUGCUGGCAGUGUACAUGAUUAUCGGGUGGGGAAUCACCGUCAUUUUGAUGAUAAUCAUAGGGGUUGUGGAGGAGAAGGGAGGGAAGGAGGUCAAGAGCGCCCUAGGGGCAUUUGGAUACAUCACGACAAUAGCCCCCAUUGCCACGACACAGCUGAUCAACAUUGGAGCCGUUGUGUUUAUCAGCAUCGCAGUAGUGAGUGCAGCAAGGCAGCAGAACAGGGUGACGCAGCGCAGACUCUCAAAGAAAAACAUAAACUUCGUUCGCCUGUUUUUAAUCAUCCUGACUGUGCUCGGACUCGUUUGGCUCCUAUCCUUUGUAGUUGUAUCACUUUCGGACCUGGCAACCUUCAUCUGCACACCGAAUGUUUUCAAGAUGUGCCUCGUGAGAUUUCACAUCCGAAACCCGGAGAGUUUGCGGAGGAGUACUCAAACGGGGACCGUAACGUCUAUGGUGAGCAGCACUGAAAGGGGAUUCGGGAGAGGCAGAACGCAGAUGGUUUCUUUGAAUCACAAUAUUCGUCCGCCUUCCGAGAGGGUUCCGCCCCCGCUACAGGCAAUCGCGGAGGAGGGCGGGAGUGGA